AUGACUUCGAACCGAGAGAUCGAGGAUCCAUGGGACUGGGACGUUGAUAGAGUGGUGCAAGAACUUUGUACCACAAACCGCACAUGGCAACCACAGUCUUUGGCCAUGCCGUCAAUUUCAGAUCCGAAAUCUUUGGAACGUAUUCUUCGAGAACAAGAGGUCACUGGCUGUGUUAUUCUCGAGGAUAUCGACAUGAAUGUCUUAAAGGAAGAUUUUGGCAUCAAAGCUUUGGGCCGCAGAUCAUUUAUCAUGUCUGCAAUAGCUCAACUAAGGAAAAAAAGCCUCAAAUACAAUGCCCAAGUUUCUCAGCGAUCGUCAAAUAUCGUGGGAGCUGACUUAACUCACAGCAUACAAAGGGUACUAAACUACCUCCCAUGGGAUAGUGUAAUAUGGCCAUCUGCACACACUACUGAGUCACCUCGACAAACAAAACAUGCCAAUAAUUACUAUGGGCUAUCACCAAAUGAAUGUGUUACGGCCUCAUGUCCGGAGCUUACCGCAGGAAGCAAAAAUAUCGAUACCACAGAUAAUUGCCAAGCUGAUGAUUGCGCAGAACCUAAUCCAACAAGGCACUCCUUAGCUACAGAUGGUCAAAGUCUGCCCCCCGAAAUUCGUGGGAUUAAAAACAAUGUCCCUGCUCUAGAAACCCCAGAAUCUCAUCUUAAAACUUCUAAUGAAAUAGGGAUGCAUAAUGAACUCGGUGCUAGUCUAAAGAAGAGAAAGCGAAUCGUGCCGGAGCUAGUUUCACCUUACGUUCGCCAAGAAAGUCGUAAAGAUUCCUCAGUCCUAAAUAAACAAAUCGAAGAACCGAAAGAUGACAAUGAAUUUUUCAUUGACAGCAGUCAAGAUUAUUCCAAGCUAUCCAUCCCCCAUACUGGUGUCCAAUUUUUCGACUCCGAUGGUAGGAAAAGAAUUAUCCCAUUUGUACAAGCCAAUUCAAAUCCUGACAAUCAUAUAUCCAAUUCCAUUGAAAAGAAUUUGAAGAACUCGGUAAUAGUCAGAGACAGCGUAUCAGAGUUUUGCGGAGCCGAGAAGAGUAAAAAAAUGAAAUCAAGACGCCAAAAUGCUUACAUGGGACGAAAGAAGAUGCCUGUUGACACAAUAUUCUACGAGGAGACACCAGUUGGCUGCAAGCUAUCUUGUUCAUAUGCUGAAACUGAGUUUUACGUUGUGUCAAAGCAAACAAACAAAGGCCGACGUCUAUUUGUUCAUAAAGCUUUAAAAUUUUUCCUUCGCGCACAGCGACAAUAUUUUUACGCUGACGGGAACCACUAUUAUAUAGUAGUUCCAUACUCUGAAAAACUUGUACCCAAAUUUCAAAAACAAUCUUUCACAUUAUAUCGAUUCGAUCUUGAUGAAAACGUAGUUGCUCAGCGUGAAGUUGAUAUGAAACCAUUCAUCAAGAACAUUCGGUCUAGAAAUAAAGAGUUCCAGGUCAAUUUCGGCCUUUUCAAUCAAAGCUUCCUAGACUAUGUAGGCUCAGGCGGAAACUGGAACUAUAACUUGCUAGAGAAGUAUAAACACCUAGAGGAUGAUGAUAAAAUACUCCCACCUUAUGGUGAAUCUGAUGAAGAUAACGAGUAUGACGAAGCUACAUGGAAAGAAAUUGAAGAAGAGUUUGGCAAACGGCAUAGACCUAGACAAAGACUGAAAAAACCUCACAUUAGUAUAGAUGAGGUCAUACAAGCCAUUGAUAAUAGUGUUUCGGAGAUCGUAAGUAUAUGGAAAGCAAAGGAUGUCAUUAAGAGGAAAAGAAAAGCAUAUCGGAUAUGGACUCAAUCAAGGCGGCUCCAAAACAAACACGAACAGAUCAGAGCGGCUCAAAUUGAUCUUAAUCACACACAAGAAUAUUUAACCAAAAUGCGAAAUACGAUCUUGUCUGAUGUUUGGACAAGUCAAGCACAGGUUGUCAGACAGGUAGGAAGUAUGAAAGCCGCCCUAUUUGAUCAGGAGGACUUGAAGUGGAAGAUAUUCACGCUGAAGCAGAAAAAACAACCGGAAAAAAUACCACCAUCUCUGUCAAUGGCUAAAUCCAAAAAGCUUCCCGACAAAGUCGAUGACGUAGACGGCGAGAAUAUUAGUGUCAGUGAUAAUGAAAGUUUUGAUGAUUAUGAUGAGGAUGACAUGGAGGAUUUCAUCGUUGAGGACGACCCUCUAACAGUUUCCGAGGAAGAUCUACAAGAGCUCAACCUUGCUGAUACAGAAAGUGAUUAUUUUUCUCCAUCAGACAACAAUUUCUUAUCUAAAACCGCCCCAACUUUGGCUACAAAAUUCCAAAGUGAUAAGUAUUCUCAAGGCUCACCUCAUAUUACAUCAGACCAUAAUCCAGCUAUCCAAAAUUACUUAUCUGAAAAUAAAGCAAUGUCGCAUUUGAAGGAAAAUUGUGAACCAUCACAUUUUCUAACGAGUCGUCAAACCCAACCCCCAGCUGUAUCUAGAGAACAUAGUCUUCGGAGGUCUCUUAACUCUUUCACAGGCCAUUAUGUUGACCUGACUUCGAAUCUUUCUGACGAUGCCACUUCAAAGAAAAACUCCGAGAAUUCUUUUCCUGAAAACUCUCCUAAAGCUCCUUUGAUAGACAUGACUUUGAACUCCUCUGAUGAAGAUACACCAAAAGAUUCCCAGCUGGUGAGCUCUUCUAUGCCCCAAAAUGUAAGAGCGAGACGCUCUAAGCAGCCCAGUCUUUCCGCGCCGAUCCCUACUCGUUGUUCCAAGAGGUCGCUUAAAAGUUUUGAAGCUGUAUCACCCGCACCUGAUGAGCUGCCAUCAUACGAUAGUCCUGAGUUAAUAUCAAAAUACUCCUACCAUGUAUGGCGACAGCUUGGUGAUAGAAAUAGAUUACUGAUUAAAUUCUUUUAUCAGUGGAACUCUAAACUACUAUUCGAUACACUCCAAAUUUUCGUUACCUUCUCCGCGGAAGAGCUAUGGAAUGAACUGAAUAAGUUAAUCGAUGCUUUAUCUACGGGACUGAUAGGUAGCAUAGAAGAAAGAAGGUCAAAAGGACUUACACAUAUUAUCUAUCUUUUCGAAAUGUUCAUUGACUGCAGAUAUCACUCAAUUAGACCUCAUCUAAAUGAAAAGCAGUUAAAAAAAGUUCAACAAGCUGGACCUGCUCACUUUCAUUCUUUUUAUCAAUUGUGCACCCGUAUGACCCAAUAUCUUAACCCUCAUUCUCAGGAGUCGGAACAAGCUGAAGUACACUCUCCGACAGAGGAUGAUAAAGAUGAAACUAUAUCUAGUACUGAGCCUAGUCCGCGCGCAAAAAGAAAAAAGAUACUGCAUGAAAACAAGGAAGCCCGAGAUAUGAGAGAGCAAAACCUCCGUCGUCUUGCUCAACAGGAUGAGCGACGGAAAAAACUUUACGCUAGUCUCGCCAAAGCAAAUGAUGACGAGGCAAUUGUUCGUAGUCAACUUAUUGUCAACGAUGCUGCCGCUGAAGGUCAGAAAUACAUAUAUAUAAAUGAUCAUAUUUCAAAACGAAUCAAAAGACAUCAGGUUGAAGGUGUACGAUUCAUGUGGAAUCAGAUUGUGACUGUUGCAGACGAAGAAUCUAUGCAAGGUUGCCUGCUUGCUCAUACUAUGGGCCUUGGUAAAACAAUGCAAACUAUUACCCUUCUCGUCGCUAUUGCCGAAGCAACCUGCUCUGCAGAUCCAUUGGUCUCGUCUCAAAUACCUGAUUGUCUACGCAAAUCAAAGACUCUAAUUCUAUGUCCCCCAUCUCUUGUGAAUAACUGGAUGGAUGAGUUAUUAGUCUGGGUACCCAACAAUCUGUUAGGUGAGCUGAGGAAAGUCGACUCAUCUAUCAAAUAUCUACAGCAAAGACUUCAGACGAUUCAUGAUUGGUAUGAUGAAGGUGGUGUUUUAGUUAUUGGAUAUGAAAUGUUUCGCGACCUUAUCAACUAUAAAAAUAAAAGUAUAAGCGAGCCAGAGAACGAUCAAGUUUCUCAGUGGCUUCUGGAAGGACCCAAUAUCAUCAUAGCCGACGAAGCACAUCGAAUGAAGAACACGAAAGCAGCAAUAACUAUAGCCGCCUCUAAGUUUAGGUCUAAAAGUCGCAUUGCUCUAACAGGAUCCCCUCUCGCCAACAGUGUCGAAGAAUACCAUACCAUGAUUGAGUGGGUGGCUCCAAAUUACUUAGGGCCAAUUGUGGAGUUUCGAGCAAAGUACGUUGUACCGAUUCAGGCUGGAAACUACCAAAAUAGUACAUCUUUCGAACGUCGGAAGAGCCUCAAAAUGUUGGGUGUUCUAUCUGCAGAUCUUGCGCCGAAGGUUCAUCGAGCAGAUAUGUCUGUUUUGAAGAAUGAUUUACCCCCCAAGAAAGAAUUUGUGAUAACAGUACCCCUGACUGACAUUCAAAAGGAAGCUUAUUCAAUUUUCGUUAGAUCUAUGAUGGCAGGAAAAAAUUAUGCUACCACUAAAUCAGGUGAUGUUGCUACAACUACUGUGUGGCACUGGUUAGCUGUACUAUCAUUGUUAUGUAAUCAUCCUGAGUGCUUCAGAAGGAAACUUUUGAAACGAAAAGAAGAGGCUAGAAAUGAAGCUGCCGACUCAGUUCAUGGAACUGAUAAUGAAGAAGGGGUCUUCGAUCUGAAUGCUCCGAUCUGGAAAGUAGGCGUCUCUCAAGAACUUGUUGAUGCGGAAAAUAAGAUUUUUGACUCAAGAACAUCUUUAGAUUCUGUUCAGACUUCCAACAAGGUCUUACUUCUCUGUCAAAUUCUAGACUCAUGCAAGGCUGUCGGCGAGAAAGCACUCGUAUUCUCUCAGUCAAUCCCGACGCUUGAUUUCCUAGAAGAUACAUUCAAGCGACAAAACAGGAACUAUGCAAGACUGGAUGGAUCAACAAAUAUAUCUAAGAGACAAGGACAAACUAAGGACUUCAAUAACGGAAAUACCAACGUCUUUCUUAUUUCCACAGCUGCUGGUGGACUAGGAUUAAAUCUACAAGGUGCUAAUCGAGUUAUAAUAUUUGAUUUCAAAUUUAACCCUAUAAUGGAGGAACAAGCUAUUGGAAGAGCGUACCGAAUUGGUCAAAAAAAGCCCACCUUUGUUUAUCGAUUUAUUGCAGGUGGUACUUUUGAAGACAGCGUUCACAACAAAACAGUCUUCAAGACUCAAUUAGCAUCUAGAGUUGUUGAUAAAAAGAACCCCAUAGCUUGGGCUAAUAAGAAAGCAUCUGAGUUCUUAUUUGAGCCUAAGACUGUGCCUGAAAAAGACUUAUCAGAAUUUGAAGGGAUGGACCCUAGUGUGCUAGAUCCACUUCUAAGGAUUCAAAAAAUAAAAAAACAGCAAGGGGUUCCCAGAACUAUUUGUAGUAUUGUCCAAACCGAUACAUUUGCCGUUGAUGACAAUGAAAAACUUACUCCAGAUGAAGAAAAGGAAGUUCAGUCAGAGCUAGAAAAAACAAGGUUAUUUCGGGCUAAUCCUCAGGCGGCACUGAUACAACAGAUAAACGAGCAACAACAAUUUCGUCAACAAAUUUACCAAUUAGGUACUUAUCCAUUUAACGAAAUGCCUCAUCUAAACUUUCAUGGUGAAGUUAAUCUAGAUACACAGAGAUUAGUCAACAAAUUAGUUACGGUGCCAGCAGCACUCAAUCCAUGUCAACCAAAUAAUUGUAAGGAACAUAUAAAUCUAGUUAGUCCCAGCGAGCCACAGCUUCCAAGUAAGACUAGCAUAUCCUACGCUAGGAUGGCUGUCGGAAGAGCUCGCUCUCCCGUUGCUGGAGCUAGUACCAAGGUUUCGAAUUCCGAACCUAUAAAUUUACAAGCGGUGCUAGCAAAGAAGAAAUCAAUCGAAGACUCCAAAUCAACGCCUAAAGUAAUCGAAGUAAUAGAGGUGAUCGAGGAUGAACCUACUAAAAAGUUGAAAUCUCCCGAAACAGAAAUUGAUAUAGUUGGUGAGGCUUUGGCUGAGAGGGAUCAGCUUGAAGACUUACCUGAAGCGUCGCCCUCGGAGAUACAAAUAUCAGAGGAACCUAACCAUAAGCAAUCUAAAAAAAAUAGUAAUGACUGGGACAUGACAAGGAGAUAUAGAGAAAGUCGGCCUAGUCAUGUUCCCGACUACGGUCCUAUAGCCAUCUCUUCAUUGACUAAAACAACUUCAGAACCAGGAACCUCUAAAAAUCCAUUUCUUCAAUCCACGUCUCGUAGACAAGGGAUCAGCACCGCAAAUCAAAAUCAGACUCAAGGGGGUCAUGAGCGUAAUCAUGAAAAACGAAUCAGGGAAGAAAUCAAAACUGGAGAGCAUACAAAGGGUGAUAAACCAGUUCAGGCUGAUGAAAAUAUCAGAGCGAACCCAGUAAAGGCUUCUCAUAACAUUAAUGUUUUAAAGAGGAUUCAAAUUCCACCUCAGGGUAAAAUAAAUUCCCUGCCACCACGCCCACCCACCGUUUCGCCACGAACGCCGCAAUAUCAUCGAUCUUUUGCGGCACCUAAUCGGCGUAAUGUCCCACCUCUACUCGCUCCAACGGGCCCUAGGGAGCUAUUGGCCCCCACUGGUCCCAGAGAUUUUCAGACUCGAUCAUUGAGCCGGUGGGAGGGCAGUAGAGCUGAAAGCCAAUCCUCUUACCGCGAACAAGGCCACUCCCAUGUAGAUCGUCAGUUCUACUAUCAGCCACCGCAUAAUUGA